AGCGCUGUUGCUCUCGUAGUGUAAUAGUGAAUUUUGGACUAAUAACUUUAACUUUGAAUCAAAAUUUGAAAAUUUGGCUUUUAACUUAAAAAAAAAAAUAUAACAUUAGUUAUUGGUAAAUAAAAAUUGAAAAAGUCGGUAAAUUUGAUAAUGAAAAUUUCAUAAAUUUUCCAAAGAACAUAGACUUUUGCGCACGCAAAUUUGGAGCCAUUUGUAUAUGUGGCACAUGUGUUAUAUUGAUUGCUGACGAUGCAAAUUGUCUGCUAACUGACUGCAUUGUGAUUGAAAACACAUAAAGAUAUUAAGCAAAAUUGCAGUCUUCGCAUAUUGUAUGGUACAUUGACAGUUGCAGUGACGUGACAAAUCAAUGACAUCAUUGUCAACGGCAACGACAGCGACAGCGACAGCCACGACGCUGGUCGAAACGUCAUGUGUUGCAAUAACGACGACCGACGCGGGAGGGGGCGUGAGCGAGAUGAUGGCGGAGGCGGCGGCAAAGCAAGCGGUGAUAAGUAACAAUAACCCAAUAACCGAUAUUGUGAAAGAAACUAAUGCAAUGACGGCUGUAGCAACAAAUGGUACAACAACAUCAGCACCAAGUACAACUAGCAUUGUAGUGGCUGCCGUGAGUGAUGUAGCAACCAAGCAGCUGCCUUCAGGGGCAACAACAACACAACUCACUACGAACACGAGUAAAAUACCACACUUACAGCAACCGCAACAACAACAACAGCAGCAGCAUUCGUCACAGCACUCACAUGGCAAAGAAUUGAAACAGUUAUUGCACUCAACCGAUCCACUACGCCGUUCCGCUUCAUUACGCAUGCGCGGCUCAAAGUCAAAUCUAUUAAACAGCACUGAGCAUUAUGUGGAAAUGGAACGUAGCACGCGCCACCUGAGCAAUAUGCCGAGCGCUACGGCCAGCCGCUACAACCACCCACUAACAGGAAUGCUUGAACCACACCAACUUCAACAACAAAAACAAUUAUACGAACGCCGCGCCACACAGGCAGCCGGUUCGCUUGGGGGUGCAGCAGCAGCAGCGACGGCAACGGCAAUGCGUCGCAAGGCCACACUUUUGUUUGGUUCGGCGAUGUCCACGCAAACACCCGCUGUCACAGUUGGCAAUCUGACGCGUUCGCAAUCGCUGCGUCGCAGUUACCUAAAUUACAAUUAUAAUUCGCAACAAAAAUCGGUCAAAACGGAUGCAAUCAAGGAUCAAGGCACUGGAGGCGGCUCAUUUGUUGACUCUGGCGCAGGCACUGAGGCAGCAGUUAAUGGCACUGCAGUAGUGGAUCAUGUGGAUACGCAGCAUGAGCCACAGACGAAUGGUGGUGGUGAAAAUUGUGCCGUCCCAAAUGGUUUUAUGCAAAGCAAUGACAUAAUGUACAAAGGCGAUGAUGUUGGCGAGCAACGCAGGAUUGACCGGGAUAUGCAGAGAAUGUCUCUGAAUCUGAACGGUAGUGGUGGCGAACGUUCGAUAACAACGACAACAAAAUCUACAGUAGGGGCAGCAGUAGCAGGUACACCAGCUGGAAGCGGAAGCGUCGGCAAUAGGAUAACGGCAAACACUGCAUCCACACCGAAAACGCCAAAUAACGUUAGAGGCGGCACGCGUUACGUUAAAUCUUCACCAACUGCUGCACAGGAGACGAAAUUAACGCCAAAGACACCGCCCGUCACACCAGAUUCGCCGUGCACGUACCUGGACGAUGAUUUAGAUUCGAUGUAUUCGUUUGCGACCACAACUUCCGGCCGUUCGACCAUGUCCUGUGAGCAUCCUUAUGUGGCACGUAAUGGCACUACGUUUAGCGGCCGCAAGAUGAAAUACGUUGUACAUUGCUCCAACUACGCAGGUCAGGUGGGACCCGAUUAUUUAACGCCUACACAACGUGCUUCACGUCAGAUUCGUCGCCUCAAGGAGUUACUUUGUAUGGCACGGCAAGAUCUCGAGCAAAAAGAUUCGGAGAUAUUGCGCCUUACACGUGAAGUUGUCGAGUUGCGUUUGUUCAAAGCCUCGCUGAGCUCACCUGAAGAGCGUUCUGCUUCCAGCGAUGCCGUUACUGUACGCGAAGCUGAACUAAAGACGUCCCAGGAUGUAUCGCCAAUUGUCGAUAUGGUCGAUGAUGCGACCAAAUCAAGUCCACGUCAUAUACCCAAUCAACAUCUACAUCAUCAUCAUACACAUAACCAGCAUUUGCAUCACACUCAACCGCUAACGUCGGAAAUGCAAAGUUCCUUUGCCGAUUCGGGUCAUUUCGAAGAUUUGUCAGUACAUUCGAAGGAUUCUUAUGUUGCCCACACACAGGAUAUUGCGUGUGGUAGUGACGAGGCAAUUCUCGCCACCGACAGUAAAUGUCACGAUGAGACCUGCGCUGCUGCUGGUGGUGACACCGAAGAAGACUACACGGCCACCAUUAAAAACUACGAGUUGCAGCGUCAGGAGCUUAUACGCAUGUAUGAACAGAAAAUCGAAGAAUUGAUUCGCACACAAGAUGGUGCCAGCAGCGAGAUGAAACGUUCACACAAUGACAAAGUGGAGGCAUUAUUGCAGAAAUUGGCAGAGUGUAAUACACGUUAUGCCGACAUUGUACCCGACUAUGAGCACGCCAAGGAACGUAUUCGUGAGUUGGAGAAACAAUUGGAGGAUUUGCAACGUAAAUUGGCUGAACAUGAGGAUAAGCAGAACAAAAUGUAUUUGCAUAUGUACCAGAAGGGACAGGAAGCAGAGCGCAUUUCUCGCGCUGAUCAGGCUCUCGAAUUAGCUUAUCGAGCACCGGAUAACAAGGUGUCCAUCAAUGAAUUGUUGCAUCAGUUGCAGAGUACACAAGAUGAAUUGGAAAAUAUACGCGCAGCUGGGUGUAGAAAAGAAAGCGGCAGUAAUCAUGCUCUCCUUACUGCAAAAGAAGCAAUUUCGUUAUGGGUUCUUGGCGCCCGGAAGACAAUUUACCGUCGCCUGCUGGAGGCGCAAAAGAACCGCACCCAUGUCGACCCAGAGGUGACGCUGCAGUUCCUCAAGAGCGCCAUUUACUACUUCUUGACCGACAAGGAGAACUCACARGGCCACUUGCAGGCCAUCGAGAGCAUAUUGGAGUUCACCGAGGCGGAGAAGUCCAACAUCAAUAAGGCGCGCACGGCCAAGUAGAGAGCGUGCGCAUAGUAGCGGUGCACACAUUCAAAAUACGUAACAAUACACACACAUAUACAUAUAUAAAUACAUACAUAGAAGCUGCAAGUAGUUGGCCGAAGCGGUGAUGCUUAAAAGACGGAGCUAUUUCGAAAACCAAAUUCAGCUUUGACCGCUUGUUUGAGACAAGUUUUUAAUUAGAAAUGCGAUAUAUAUAUAUAUUUUAAAAUGCAAAUAUUUCUAGGACAAAUAAAUUAAUUAAAAUUAUAAAAAUAUAUAUACUACUAAUAUGCAAGUAUAGUAGGCGGCUAUGUAGCGAUACGUACAGUGGGUGGUAAAGAAAAAUUAAGACAACAAAAAAAAUAUAUAUAUAUUUCGAAAUGCGAACGUUUAACUUUCAUUUUAUUUU